AUGGCUUCCUCUCCUUUGAGACUAAGAUCCCAUCGCCAUGCUCGUUCUGUUAGCUUACCCUCCAGAUCUCACCCACUCAUCCCUCAAGUUGAUGAGCAUUUGUGCAGAAUAAAGGCUUCUGAAGCUGCCUCUUCAUCAAUAGAGGAGAGACUAAGUAUCCUCCAAGAUAUGUACAGUUGUUUGGAUGAUUUGCUUCUGUUGCCCAACACACAAGAAGCUUUGGCCAAACGAUGCCAUGAGAAAUGGGUUGAGGAGGUUCUGGACGGAUACCUGAGCCUGUUGGAUGUUUGUGCCACUGCUAAAGACGUCUCCUCACAGUCAAAGCAAGGUGUGCAGGACCUUCUCUCAAUCAUUCGCAGGAGAAGGGAUCCAAAUGAAUUGGGAGUAUACUUAACCUCCAGAAAGAAGGUAAAGAAGCUGAUUCAAAAGUCUCUGAUGGGUUUGAAGAAUAUCAAGAGGAGGCAUACCAUCCUAGCUUCAGAUAAAGGCAAUGAGAUUUGUACCAUGUUAAAUGAUGUUGAGGCAGCUACUUAUGCCGUGAUGGAGUCUCUGUUGUCCUACGUUGUAGGGGCAAAGGCGCAAUCAAGAUUUUCUUUGGUUUCCAAACUUUUGCAUAGCAAAACUGUAGAUGUUCAAGAUGAUGAAACAAGAACAAAUGAGUUUGAGAAAGUUGACAACACAUUGGCCUUGCUUAAUGGUCACAAGACUAGCAGAUCUGGUGGUGCUAUGUCCCUUGACAUGCUGCAAAAUGAAUUGCAAAUGAUGGACAUGAGAAUUCAAGACCUUGAAGAAGGACUAGAGUGCUUGUUCAGGAGUUUAAUCAAAACUAGAGUCUCCUUCCUCAACAUUCUCAACCACUAG